GUGGAUUCCAACCCAAUUUUUGGGAGUUUCAACCCAAUUCCAGAAGGAUCCUGGUGGAAUCCCAAACUUUGGUGUCCCUCAAAUCCAAUUCCAGUUGGAUUUGACCCAACUUCAUGACAUUCCACCCCAAUCCCAACCAGACCAGUCCAAUUUUCACCGCACCAUUCUGACCCCAAAAUCCCGGUUUUCCGCCCCGAUUUCGGCGCUGCGGGCAGAGCCCCCGGAGGUGGCGGUGUUCCCCAAGCACGCGGUGGAGCCGGACGAGCCCAACGUGCUGAUCUGCGCGGCGAGGAAGCUGUGGCCGCCGGCGCUGGCGCUGCGCUGGCUGCGGAACGGGGCGCCGGCGCCGCGCGGCGCGCUGGAGACGCCCUUCUACCCCGACCGCGACUUCACCUUCCGCAAGUUCUCCUACCUGCCCUUCGUGCCCCGGCCCGGGGACUACUACGACUGCGAGGUGGAGCACGAGGGGCUGGCCCAGCCCAGCAGGACGCACUGGGGUGAG